CGGGCCCACGACUGACCCAGCCAGCGAGGGAGCGACGACCCACCGACGGACACGGGCAGCAGCGCCAAGCCCACAAUGCUGCGCUAUCUGCCGGGACUGCUCCUGCUGCUCUGGCAGCUGCUGCUGCUGCCACCCCCUGUCGUCCCCGGCCCCCUGGACCGCCCCGGCUUCCUGAGGUUGGGGACCCGCGGCCCAGGGGGCAACCCCGGACGCCGUCCCGCUCCGGCCGCCCCCACCGGCACGCCCUAUUCUGGGGCCGGCCAGCACGGCGGGGCCCGCGGCGCAGGUGUUUGCAAGAGCAUGCCCUUGGACUUGGUGUUUAUCAUUGAUAGUUCUCGUAGUGUACGGCCUCUGGAGUUCACCAAAGUAAAAACCUUUGUCUCGCGGGUAAUUGACACUCUGGACAUCGGGCCGGCGGACACGCGGGUGGCAGUGGUGAACUACGCCAGCACCGUGAAGAUCGAGUUCCAUCUCCAGACCCACUCGGAUAAGCAGUCCCUGAAACAGGCCGUGGCGCGGAUCACACCCUUGUCCACAGGCACCAUGUCUGGCCUGGCCAUCCAGACAGCGAUGGACGAAGCCUUCACAGUGGAGGCAGGAGCUCGGGGACCCGCUUCCAACAUCCCUAAGGUGGCCAUCAUCGUGACAGAUGGGCGGCCCCAGGAUCAGGUGAGCGAGGUGGCGGCUCGGGCCCAGGCAUCCGGUAUUGAGCUGUACGCCGUGGGCGUGGACCGGGCAGACAUGGAGUCCCUCAAGAUGAUGGCCAGUGAGCCCCUGGAUGAGCACGUUUUCUAUGUGGAGACCUAUGGGGUCAUUGAGAAACUUUCCUCUAGAUUCCAGGAAACCUUUUGUGCUCUGGACCCAUGCGUGCUGGGCACACACCAGUGCCAGCAUGUGUGUGUCAGUGACGGGGAAGGCAAGCACCACUGUGAGUGCAGCCAAGGAUAUUCCUUGAAUGCCGAUAAGAAGACGUGUUCAGUUAUUGACAAGUGUGCUCUUAACACUCACGGCUGUGAACACAUCUGUGUGAACGACAGAACUGGCUCUUAUCAUUGUGAGUGCUAUGAAGGUUAUACCUUAAAUGAAGACAGGAAAACAUGUUCGGCUCAAGAUCAGUGUGCUUUGGGCACACACGGCUGUCAGCACAUUUGUGUGAAUGACAGAGCUGGGUCUCAUCACUGUGAAUGCUACGAGGGCUACACUCUGAAUGAAGAUAAAAAAACGUGUUCAGCCAUUGCAGAAGCACGAAGACUCAUCUCCACAGAAGAUGCUUGUGCAUGUGAAGCCACACUGGCAUUCCAGGAUAAGGUCAGCUCAUAUCUGCAGAGACUGAACACCAAGCUUGAUGACAUUUUGGAGAAGCUGCAAGCAAAUGAAUAUGGACAAAUACAUCGUUAAAUUCCUCAAAUUUUUUACCUGGAAAUAUGAAGCAUUUGGUGUACUUAAUACUUUGGCAUACUCCAGUAUUCCUGCUAGUAAUGUGCCAUUACCAAUGCUUUCAUGUUACUGGAUGAGUAGAAUGAGGAUCUUCUGGAGAAUCUGUAUCAUUUUUCUAAGGAAAUAAAUGUCCCUUAGUAAGAGCAAAUUUUAGUGUCUCUAAGCUAUGACUGUGAAAUAGUUGGUAGGAAACAGAAUGAAAAGUUUCAUAAUUUCUUUCUUUACUAAUUGAGCCAUUUAAUUUUUACAUGUUUAUAUUAGUAAGAUAACCAGGCUUAAAAUGCGAACUUUUGAUCUGUUUUCUUGAUAGUAUUAAUAGUGUAAACCAGUCUUCUUACUUUAGAGUGUAAAUUGUACAGGGUAUUUACACAUAAAAAGUACAUAUAAUUAAACUGAGAUGAAUACAAUUUAGAACUAUAUCUUUAUCACUUUUUGGUUUUUUCUCAUUUUUGCCAGAGUAUUGUUGAAGCUGUGAUCAGGAGAUUGUAAUACACAUACCUAAAUAUAGUUAAUACAGAUUAAGUGAACUGUUAUAUGUCACUUUUAAUUCAUUCUGAUGUUAGAAAGAAACACACAACUAGUUGUGAAUUAAGUGUUAAACUUUUUACCAAGGACAAAAAACCCUAAAUUUACUUUGUUUUACUCAAGGAUCCAGUCAAUAAAAUUAUAUAUUUAUAAAUACUGGUAUAAUAAGUAACAAAACCUAAUGUCUUUUAAAAUGUUAAUGAUAAACCUAACUUUUUUUUAUCUUACAUGUCUGAUAAAUUUUUUUUCAGCUUUUAUGUUUAUAACGUUUAGAAAAAAAUAGUUCUUUAAAUUGUAUACUACUCAUUCUUUUCUUGGUUUAUGUUGUGUUUAGUAUAAUAAAAAUGUCAAUAUCUUUA